AUGUGCACCACCGCGGCAUUGUUGCAAGAAGAUCGUGCUCAUCCGACAUUUCGCGCGGACAACCACGUUGAGCACUUCAAGCUAGCAAAGCGUUACUCUUUCUUACCAGCAAUGAGCACCGACACGGAACCUCCAACAGAUCUCUCCUGGAAGGAUGCACUCAAAUUGCCGGCAAAGGAUAAGCGAUACAAAACAACGGUUUGUUAUUGCUUCUGCGGUAAAUUGAUGAUUCUGUGUGAGGGAAAUCGGUUUUCAGCGAUUUCUCCGAUUGGUUUUUCAUCGAUUUUCAGCGAUUCCGCGGGAUUUGCCAGCUAUCACAUUAGCAGGCAUUUCAUGAGAACUUUAAAAAAGAAAGAAUUUGUUGUUCAAAACAGCAGAGAGGAAGCAAGCUGA